AUGGAAGCCUCAUCCGAGAGUGCCCGUACCACAAAUGUUGUUGAUCCAAACACAAACAUAUCACCAUCUUCUAACUUUUCCGAUAAAGAAUAUAUCACACUAAUCAGUGCCGAGAAAUUUGAAUUUAUCUUGUCUAAAAAAGCUGCUGCUCAAUCGAAAUAUCUUCAUCAAUUAAUAACCGAUGAUGUUUUUCAAACAUCCAAUAGAAUUACUUUGCAUGAUAUUUCCACAGAUGUUCUAGAAUUAUUAUGCCAAUUCUUAGUGGACAAAUCCAUCAAGGGCAAUUUUAUGAGCACAUUCAAUCCACUACAAGAUUUGGAUCCACAAAACCCGGAUCAUCGACAAAUCGUCAUCGAAUUGUUACUCGCUAGUAAUUACUUGGAUUGUUGA